CCUUCCGAUCUGAGCACGCUCUGCUUCCUGCCUUCUCUUCUUUGGCAGUUACGCAAAAAGGCGCGCUCUGUCCCACAGCACAUGUCCUCUCGACGCUCUCUCUCUCUCUGGGCUUUUACUCGGCGGUCACCGCCUCUCCCUGCCCCUGGGCCGGAAGUGGUAGUAACGUCGUAACCCACCCUUGAAACAAUUGUUGUUUUCGAAGGUUUCUUCUGGUCUCGUGGUCAUUUGCGCUUUUUAGGUUUCGGGGCUCCGCUCCCUCAUAUGCGUAUUUUGUCGGAGGGAAAGUUUGAGGCCUUGCGAUCAGAUUUAUAAAAUCCGGCCGAGCAGAGGAUUACCGUUCUCUCGUGUUCGGUGUGGUUUUAUGGAGACCGGUGAUGAAAAGCUGAGAUUGGUCCGAUGGUGGCUACGGGAGCUGCCCUGCAGCAGGAUCAUGUUCUGCAAUUUCACUGCGGCUGCUGCUGCUUCUGCUUGCGUAUGCUCUAGGGAACCGGCGAACGAGUCGGUGGGACCUCGGUCUGUUCUUUCCGCUCAGCAUGUUCCCAUCGUUUGGGAGGUUGCAGCUCAUUGGGUUUGCACGCAGACGCACUAGACCUUAGGAGUUAUGAUUAUGAGUUUAGGGUUUACUCACUCUGCAUACAUCGCUUCAAGCCGAGCGUUGUGUGUAUCACCUGUCAAUUUUGCUUUGAACCCUGUCGCGUUGCUUCUCCACCUUUCCCAUCGGCAGUUUAAAGCCUACUGAGAACUCGAAAUGUAGGGUGACGAUUUGGCAGGACGACUGCGAAGAUUUAGGUAUGAACAUUGAACACUUGAGGGAGUUCAACGAGUGAACAACGAGGUCUGGUAUACAGAAGGUGUUUCAGUGCAAUAGUAAGGAAAGAAAUUCCACUUGAUACGAACUAGCCUUCACAGAAGCAGCCGAAGAGUUAAAAUCUCAUAAAUAUCCCAUAUGGGGAAGCGAUGAUCGUCAAAUUAAGUGGAUGAUUCGACCGCGUAUCAGUGAAGAAACGAUCACGGAAUUGCAGUGCAUUCGCGUGAGGAACAUGGGUCAUCUGAAUAUGAGAACACAAAUAUACUUGUAGUUCCGUACGGGCGUCUCUCAGGAGAUACUCCUGCUGAUACUGCCCAGCAGAAUGAGGACUUGUAAGUAGUGCCUGAAAGUGACAACUCAUCAUGUUUAUGUAUAGACAAUGAGCAGGUGAAUGAUGUGCACUCUGUACUCACUCAUGCCUCCCCUCUCCGAUCAUUUUACUACUCCCACGACCCAUUCGGAACGGAGACAACAAAUUGGAGCUCUCCAAUCAUCUCAUUUUUCUGCUUCAUGAUCCACCAAAAUCUUUUUGUCUGCCCCUUCCAUGGACUCGGUUGGGCUCGUGCCAGCUGUGGUGGCCAUCGUCCUUGGUCCAUUUGUCUCUGAUUUAAAAACAUUGAAAUCACGCAGGUAGUCGACGCUGCAAGCUUCAACAUUCAAAUAUACUUCUUUUCGCCAUUGGUAACUAAAGUGCAUCAAGUUAGAAGAAGUGUUUGGAAUGUGAAUGAGAUGUGUUCCCUUUCUAAAGAUCAAAAGGAGAUGCUUCCGAGCGAGCAGCUGUGCCCACCUUCGUUCCGUUCACUGACGACGAAUGGGUCGUGGCUUUCAAGGCAUAAAACAAAAUUUCAUGGUCCACGCUACACGAUACUCAUAAAGUAUGUGGCGGCAUAUCCGGAUGAAGGCACAGGACAUCCGGUAUCUAGAAGCCAAACUAUGACUGCCAGCCAGCCAACGAGCCAGUGGCGAACUUCACAUCCGCGAAUGGGGUCCUACUUUUCAGAGCUGAAGCAGCGAAUUUACCCGAAAAUGUUGGAGGGCAAACGCAACAACACCGACGAUGUAAAUGGCAGUUCAGGCGGAAAAAGAUUCCUAGUAUUCAAGCCCCUGAAAUUUCAAUCCGUGUCAUGUACUACUCGUGCUCGUCUCAUCGAGCGCAGCUGAACUGCUCGCUCGAGAAUGGUCGGUUUGAGAUCCGCAUAUUCACCCUUUGCAGUCAUUUACAGUAAAGGCAAAAGGGGUAGGAUAAAGCAGUAGCGGCCGCCCAUGAGCUGUCUUGCCUCUCAAAGUAUUGUACAACGUUAUACUCCUCGGAAGCGAAUGACUCGGCGGGCUCCAUGACCCGAUGACUACAUGCCUCCCGGACUCCCCAUGGAUCCAUAUUGCCUAUUGAACCACGAGGGAGUUUCUAAGUUGAAAGUUCUUUUAUUUUGGGAGCAGUUAGUUAU